AGAUUCCAUUUUAUUUCACAUGCAAUUCAACGCGUCUCCCCCACAUACAGUAAAGUAAAGUAAGUCUUACAUCGCGUCAUUUAUAGAUCAUCUUUUCACAACAACAAACGAACACCAGCACCCAACAAUACAUUUUCACGUCAUGUCUGUCCUGAGACGUCUUCAGACAGGCGCUGAGCGCCAUGGUCCACAAUCAUCCCCAGCACCAGCCAGAUCCGGCCCUUCUCAUCAAAACGAGCCAAGCUCCUUCCCUGAAUACACUCCACCAACAUGUCCUCUUUCCGCAAAUGCUCAACGUGCCAUUUCCAAUAUUCGCACGCUUCAUAACACUACUAAGCUAAAGAAACAUCUCGGCUCUGCUAUCAAAAAUAUCACAGACACAACUGUUGCCAAUAACGAUAGAUUAUGGGAACGCAAACGACAAGUAGAAAAAAAUGCGCGCAAGAGAGAGAGGGAUGGACAACAAGAUGAAGAGAAGCCUGCGGAGCACAAAGAUUUGGAAAUUCACACGAGACAUAUGGCGAAGAAGGUUAAGGCUUGGACAGAGCAGGCGGAGAUAGCCAUGAGGGUCUUGAUUGAUAAGGGCGAUGAGAUGGAGAGGAACGAUAUGGUUAUUAGAGAUGUUUGUGAUAAAUUAGCUGAGGCUAACCCUCCUCCUUCACAUCGGAGAAUCAGAGGCCAGGAAGAUGAGGAAGAAGCGAAGCAGGAUGGGGAGGUCAUCAGUGCGGUGGAAUUGUUGGAUCAAAUCAAGGAGGAGUACAAGACUAAAUAUGAGGCCGAAACUAUGACGAAAAGGUAUUAUAUCCUUCUCUAUGAGCACUUUUGAAGUCGGCUACUGAGGUUUGGCGUAUUGACUAACCAAACUCUCUUUUACAGAUAUGCCUCUCAUAACGAUUACAAGAGCUUCAAGCGCGUAGUCCACGAUUCCCUCUACCCAGACCAAGACGUACCGCUUGCUAAAGAAUCCACAUGGUUCCCUUCCGACCGCUCUCAUCCUUCUGCCCAGGGAGGCCAACGAGGUGAAGAGGAAUCCUCUGAUGAUGAAAUUGUCAUUGAGAAAAUCGUCAAAGAUCUCAAAUGUCCCCUCACCUUCGCCACUUUCCGCGAACCAUACACCAAUAACAAGUGCAACCAUAGUUUUGAGAAGGAAGCAAUCGUUGAGUAUCAUAGGAAAAACGCGACGGUUCAUCAAGGGGAAAGAGUGAUUAAGUGUCCGGCAAUGGGAUGUGAAAAUUUUAUUGCUAUGAAGGACAUGUAUGAUGAUCAAUUGCUGAUGAGACAGGUGAAGAGGGCUACAGAGAGAGAGAGAAAUCAUGAUAGUGAGGAUGAGGAUGAUGAUGCUCCAAGAGGUACCCAGAGAAAUAGACCUGAGGAGUUAGUCGAUGAGAGUACGUUUUUAGAUGUGGAUGAUGAGGAUAGGAGGAAAGAGUGUGAAGAGGGAGAUAAUGAGCAGUAGGGGUGCACCUACUUUGACGCAGGUCAGUACGGAUGGUGAGGAUGAAGAUCAAGAUGAAUAAAAUGGCCAACAGGUUUUGAUGCGGAUGGGCAAGGAGUAUGAAAAAUAAUGAUUAUGUUCAAAUAUCAAUGCUGGGAAUUGAGCUACUGGUCUCACUGUCUCUUUAUCCUUGCCGAAAUUUUCGUAAAUCCAAGUCCCAAACCACCCGAGAUACCCAAGAUGUAUGGUUUCCGGGACUAUGUACUAGCAAUAUGGUGGUAACUGGAUGAUACUCUGGUAUGGGCGAUAGGUUGAGUUGAUCUUUUUUUCACUGUUAGAUUUUCUAUCAAUCC